AUGACCACCGGGCCCUUGGAAGAGGCUGAAGCCAACAGCAAGCCUGUGUAUAAUCUUCCCAAGGCUGCCCUGGGCAAUGAAGCUGAUGAAAACUCUGCAGACGUACCUGGAAAGUCCCAGAGUCUAGACUUCCUGCCUGAUGACGUCCAACCAGUAGACAACACUACAGCACUCACUGAACAGGAGGAUGUAGACCAGACCUCUGUGGGAUUGACCAUCAUCGCAGAGGAAGAUGAAGAUCAGGAAUCCUUUCAGUCCUUCACAGAACAGGAUGAAGGCCCGGCCUCCGCGCAGAUGGCCACCUUCAGGGAACAGGAUGGGGAUCAGGCCUCUGUGCCGAUGGCCACCUCCAUAAGGCAAGAUAUAGAGUCAUCCAUCUCCAUGGCUGUUUCUGGGGACAAAGAUGAGAUCCCAGAUGCUCCAAACCAGCACCAGGAGAACCUUGAAGAAGUCACAUCUCUGUUGCCCCAAGCCUCAGGUACUCUGCAAGUGUUUGUGGGCUUCCAGAACCCGGUGUGGGACAGGCUGGCUGAAAAUAACCGUACAAGUCGGAGCCGUACAGUUUCCCCAAGUAACUCCCAGAACCAGGAAAAGACACCAGGAAACCCAGAGAUAGCUCCAAAUGCUGAUGUCCCAUCUGUCCUGCCUGAAAAUGUCCAGCCUUCUAUGGGAGCUACUGGCCCAUCCACUUUGGAUACCAGUAGUCCUGGCCUAGAGCCCACAGGUACCAUCAAGCCUGCUGAGCAGGAAGCUGAAAGUUUCAAGGCCUUGAACCCUGAGAGCAAAGCUAACCCCCCAUGGCUGACUGGUGAGGAUUUAGCUGCUGACUCAAGGAUUCCACAGACCCCACCUUCCCCAAGCAAUCCACCUCCCUCUCCGGAUCCCUGCCAGGUGGCCUUGAACAGGAAUGUUUUGGAUCCCAGUCUGUAUAGGCCUGUGGUGGAUAAUGACUACAUGCGCUCCAUGACCAGCCUGCUGGGCGGUGGAGAGGGCUCCAUCAGCUCCCUUGCAGACAUUCUGGUGUGGUCAGACACAGCCACAAGCAUGGGUUUGGCUAUGGGCAUUCUGGCCUCUGGCCACAGCUCUCCAGCUGACAGGCUACAAGAGGAGGGUCCCAGUCUUCGCACCAUCUCCAGCCUGUUGAACAAUGCCAGGUCAGCUUUCCGUUCCGGGCUGGUGGUUAGAACCGGCUCGGCCCUGCGCUCUGUCACGCACCUGCUGGAGUCCGUGGAGAGACGAACUAUGGAAGGCAUCCGGUCAGCUUUACGCUACCUGGCCAAUCACUUCACCCCACACUGGGCCCGCCCUGGCUCCAAUGGCAACUAGACUAGCAAGCGCCCCUGCUCCCUCCCCACCCCUGCACUAGAUAAU